CGAGGACGACGAGGCCGAAGAUACCGGCUGCGGCCAACAUCGAACUCGAGACCUACUGAAGUACUCUCUUCGGAUUUCCGUGCGAUCGGGGACGCCUCUCGAUCCUAGCUACGAUAACACCAACAUUCAGAUCUCUCGUCGUUUUUCGAUAAACGCCCUCGAAGCUCGGAAGAAAGGAAGAUAUGCUCCGUUUCUGACGCGAUUCUCCCUCAAGUUCGUCGAACGAUUUCAUUCGAGAAACGAAAGCCGAACGUUGAAUCGUCGUCGACCGUACCAAAGAGAACUGUAGAGACUUUAAACCGUUUCGACGCUCGACCAACCGUAAAAGCUCUUACGAAGACUCUCGAUCAUUCCGCGGAUCGGUCAGCUCCGGUAACACGAAUAACACGUCGCGAUCGCUUCGAUCUUCGAGUCGGACUUGAUGCUCGCGAACAGGUACGAGGAUCGCGAGACAUCAUCGGCGUCGAGUCGGCCGCGAAAAUGUUUGGUCGCUGACGUUCGUAGGCAGAGUGAGGCUCGUCGUCGCGGCGCAUCAUCUUCGUCGUCGCGAAUCGCGUCGGACGUAUUUAGGUGGCGGGACAGUGAGAAUAUUCGCUCCGCGUCGUGGUUGUCGUCGUCGUCGUGCGUUGUUCAGCCAGUGGUGUUCAGGCAGUGAGAGAAAGAUAAGAAGAGAGAGGCGGGCAGCUAUAACCGGCAACCACACGGUGGACAUGAUUAUUUCAAAGGAUCUGUUCCUCUUUGGCGACCAAGAUUACCUGCGCCUUCCCAGUAACGAGAAGCGCCAGCAACGGGCAAUGGGCCGACCGAUCAUCAAUGCUCCCAGAGUGGAAAGCUCAGCGUUGCAGUUGGUGUACCCGCUGGAUUCUCGUCCGGUGCAGCUAAUCUUCCGGGGGUUGCAGGUGGUCAAGGAGAAAAGAGCCCUCCUCCGAGAUGUCUCUGGCGUCGUUAAGCCAGGCGAGCUCUUGGCCGUCAUGGGCCCUUCAGGUUGCGGCAAAACCACAUUGUUGAACUGCCUGUCAGGUCGGGUGGGAGUGGACGGCGGUGAAAUCUGGUUGAAUCGCGAGAGGUUGACGAAAAGAUGGCGCAGAAGAAUUUGCUACGUGCAACAGCAGGACGUUUUCUUUCCCGAUCUCACGUUGCGGCAGACUCUCGAGUACCAGGCCAGGCUGAGGCUUCCGGACACGUUCUCGCACUCUCAGAAGAUGCAGUGCGUGGAUCAUAUCAUCGAGGUCCUCGACCUCGCCGCCUGCCAAGACACCAUCAUUGGAGAUUACACGAAAAGAGGACUCUCCGGAGGCGAGAAGAAGAGGACGAGCAUAGCCUGCGAGUUACUCACCAAUCCGUCGCUAAUGUUGCUCGAUGAACCAACCAGCGGGCUGGACUCGCAUUCAGCACAGGCGCUUAUUUCACGACUGAAGAAAUACGCGGAGCAGGAGGGCAAGAGCAUCGUGGUGACAGUGCAUCAACCCAGUUCGAGGAUGUUCCACAGCUUCAGUAAGCUUCUUCUGUUGAGUCGGGGUCAGGUGGCGUACUAUGGCUCGACGUCGAAUAUCGGCAGGUUUUUCUCCACGAUAGGACUGACGCUUUUACCACACUACAACCCUGCCGACUUUAUACUGGAGCAAAUAAAGGGGCCAGAAGAGGUUCGGGAUCGCAUCGUAGCCGCUGCGAGGAACGCAAGACAGGGACCCGACUGCCCGCCGGAACUUCGUCCGGAAUAUAAUCCCAGCCAACAUCCGCUCUGCGACCAUCUCAUCCAUUAUCACGAGCACCACAUCAGCCACAACGCGAAGGAAGACGAAGGUCGUACGCUGUGGUUGGACACGCAAAGCCACGCCAGCAGCAGCGCCAGUUCCGCGGACGACGACUAUUCCUGGCAGUGGCCCACCAGUUUCUGGUCGCAAUUCAAAGUAUUAUCAGAAAGAAACUUUCAAGAGGCACGGCCACGGAUGCUGUCUCGUUUGAAUUGGUUGCAAACGAUAGCCCUUGGCUUGCUCGCCGGACUGCUGUGGCUAAGGCUUCCCAGAACCGAGGCGGCUCUUCACGACAUCCAGGGCUGGAUGUUCUUCAGCACCACGUAUUGGAUGCUGUUCGCACACUUUGGUGCACUCUCCAGUUUUCCUCCCGAACGGGAGGUUAUCAACAAGGAGCGGUUGUCUGGAUCGUAUCGGCUCUCUGCCUAUUACCUAGCGAAAAUGGUCGGCGAGCUGCCGCUUACGAUUACACUGCCCGCGGUCUACCAUAUCAUUAGUUACCCGAUGUUGGGCUUCCACAGUCCGGCAGUUUUCGUCACUCUGCUGGCGUUCCUCUUACUCAACACCGUCGUCGCGCAGAGUGUGGGAUUCUUUGUUGGCGCCUGCUGUUUGGACCUCCAGGUUAGCAUAACCGCGUCCGCGCUCUACACACUCGCGACGCAGUUGCUAGGCGGUUAUUUGGCGACGGCGGUUCCACCUUGGCUCGCGUGGGCCAGAUACGCGAGCAUGGUGCACUAUGCCUAUCAGAACAUGCAAAUCCUGGAAUUCGGCGUCGGUGAGCCGAUCACAUGCUCGCAACCAAGCAAGUUUCCGGAGUGCAGGAACGCCACCACGAUACCCGUCACCGCGAUUCUGGAGAGCCAAGGCGGCGCCAGGGGUUCGGGUCUUCCACUCUGGGCGAACACGGCCGUUCUCUUGGCGUUUCUCGUGGUGUUCCGCACCCUUGGGUAUCUGGUGCUCCGUUACUAUCGCGUGCCGAAGUGAGUUGUCGCCGCGAGCCAGGACCUGUUGUCACAUCGCCUGCGUUCGGACGCUGAUCGACGGAUCGACGGACGUAGGGCGGGCCCUGCCCGCCGUCGCGACGCUGCGCUGACGGGAACGUCGCCGAGCAUAUUGACCCUUCGUUUCGUCAGCCGCGAAACGGAACGUAGCUCGCAGAACUGAGAACGAAACUGAGCGCGAAAGUUUAUUUUUCCAGGAGAAUAGGGUUCAGCUUGGGAUUAUCCGGGUCGUCGAGGAUGGCGCCGAAGAAACGACAGACCAAAGAACGCGUCGAUCGAUCUUUUCGCGACAAACGAUUAACGCCGAGUAGAGCCUUUCGCUCUACUUUGGAUUUACGUUGCGAUCGGAGUCUACGCAAUGAAAACAUGAAUCACCAGCUGCUUGCGCCAACCGCUACAGCUGCUAUUCGAAAGGUGUCCAAAGCUAUCUCUGAAUCUCUAUGUAAGAAUGAAAAAUGUCGAAUCUCCGAUCGCGAUAGGUAUCGUCGAGCGAUAAUUCGUCGCGAAGCUUCGAGAUCGUUCUUUGAAGCCAUUCGAGUCGACCGCUGGCAGCACUAUUUUAAUUAACGAACGAUCAGCGAAUAUUUUUAUUAAUUGUACAUGCAUCUCACAGAAUAGUAUACCUCAACUAGAACCAAGGACACCGGUCAUUUCACGAAACGAAGGGUUAAGAGCCGCGAGAACGGGGGGUUGAUCGACGAGAACCCCUCGAAGCGGCAAACGGCGACCGAAAUAUGCGCGUGUAUCGCGUCGCUGCCAACACUUUGGCGAAGACUAUGCGUAGGAUCGUACACGUAGAGACUUUCUAUCGAUGCUAACGGGGUACGAGGAUAGGAGCAAAUGGAACGAGCGAACGUGGGAGAGAGACGGUGUGCGAGGUAACGAGAGAACAACGCGCGACUGGUGAGAAACACACCACACACAUACACACAUAUACUUCUUUGUUUAAAUUUUCUUGUGGCAAGAAGGGUAUAAAUAGUAGAAAGGAAAACACGCGAAGAAAAGGGGAGAGUCCGAGUGGGAGCGAGUGUGCUAAUAAACGUGAAUGAAUGGAAGAAAAUAUACGAGAAGGAGAGAGGGUGAGUAGCACCGCGGGAGAACUUUUUGGGAAAAUCGAUGUGCGCCGUCGGGGCGCCGCGAAACCGACUGAAAAAAAAAGAAGAAGAAGAAGAAAUACAAAUACAUUUACAUACAUACAUAUAUAUAUACACACACACACGUAUACAUGUAUUCGUAAGACGACGAAUCAUUUCUUAAGCCGAUGAAACGAGUGAAAUGGACGAAAACACUGACAUACAUACAUGCAUACACACCAAUGGAAUCAACUAGACUUAGAGGACACGUUAAGAGUUUGGAGAAAUGAGCCUUUACCGUCUAGCGACUAUCCACGCGUUUCUUUUUACUUUUUAUUACCGCAAGAAGCAAUUGCUACGAUUUUACAAAAUAUUCGCCCUAGCUGGUAAGGUGAACUGCUACUAUUCAUUGCUACCCUUAUACUUAGUACUUUUUAUUAGCGACGCUGUAAACUAAGGGACGUGGCAAGACGAACGUUUUUUUUUCUUUCUGUUUCCAUUUGAUUCCGUUUAACCCUCUAUUGCAUCACGCGAAAGAAAAUGGAUCCUUGUGAAAUUCACCGAGGAAAUUUUACGGGAUUUGCGAUGCACGAUAUAGAGGGGGUUCACAUGGCUGUGCACAUUCAGCCGGUUAUCGCCAGAGAUGGGUAAAAUUCUUGUCUAGAUAGAAACGUCGAAUAUCGAACGAAAAGCGAACAAUUUUUCGUUCGAUACUCUUAGGAUAAAAAUUAAUGCUUCGAAAUAAAAAUGUAACCGUUCGGCCGGACGAGCAUCGCGAGUAAAUCGCUGUACGUUGUAUUUAUUCGUUGUCCGUUAUUCGAAUAAAAUUUUGCUCGGCUCUGCCUAACGCUUACCUCAAACGUUGAUCGCUAAUGUAUAAAUAGUCGAGAAAUACUUUCUAUCACGAAACCGUAGGAUAAAAUUCGUGCAAUGGAGGGUUAACGGGCUGUGCCAAUUCUUUUCGUACGCGAGAAGAGAGCACGAUAAUCGAUCGAGUGUAGGAAAAUUGAGAGUAAACGUAGGAGGACGAAGGUGAACUUGUACGAGGCGAGAUCGAGAGAGCCGUGGAAGGGUGGAAAUGGGAGUACUAGUGGAGGAGGGUUGUAGUUAAAUCGUUUUUACGCGUCGUACGCGCGCGAACAGAUACAUAAAUGGAGGCUCGAGAGUUUCGAAGCAGCGGAGGGGUGGUUGCGCGUCGGCUUCGUUUUUCGAGGACCUGUGUCGAUUUUUAGAACUUGUUGGUCUCUGACGUAUCUAUGUGAUGUUUUCUAGGAGCUCGAUACGUUACGAGUGGGGAUCCAGACGAAUCUUUAACGAGCGGUGUAAUAAUUCAUUGGCUACCUUGUGUACAUAGAAAAUUAUAUAUACAAAUAUUAUAUAUAUAUAAAACUAUAAUAAUUAUUAUCAUUAUUAUUAUUUUUAUUAUAUUAUUAUUAAUAUUAUUAAUAUUAUUAUUAUUAUUAUUAUUAUUAUUAUUAUUAUUAUUAUUAUUAUUAUAUUAUUAUUAUUUUUAAUAUCACAAUCGCAUGUACAUGUGAAUCUACGGACUGAAAGAGGAGGCAUGCGACGUUUUUCUUUUCUCUUUUUCAUUCUUGUAUAUGUACCACCGGGGGAAACGAUAAACGCAUAUACAUAUAUCCACACAUAAACACAUAUACACGCAGACCUGUGUGAUCGAUAUUACCAAACGAUUCAUCCGAUAUCUCGUUACACGGGGAUAAAACUUACCUCUUCUGAAACAUACAUACACAAGUACACACGUACACGCGUGUACACUGUCGCCUCUAAGUAAUUAUUCGUACUCGGCAAUUUCUCUUUUAUUAUUUUUAACGAUACGAAAAGUAUUUAAGUUUGUCUAGGACACUCGAAUCCAAAUGUUUCCGUGACUUUUUUGAAAGGACGUUACACAAGGAUCAGAAGCGACAGUGUAGAAACACGUACAUAUACUCGGAAGUCACACCAGGAAAGCCAGUGUUCGUUAUAGUAGAAAGUAAAUAGUUAGAUCGGUCGCGAGUGGAACGCUGUGUUUAUAGUCGGCCGACGAGCAACGUUACGAUACAUUGUGCGACGAACCGGACGACUCGUAGAGUAGCUUUCCUCUUGGACGAUUAGACAAAUUUUGAGAAACCGUCGCGCGUCAACGAGCCUUGCAUAUCCUUGUUGGGUCAGACGAUAGCGUUGGGCGAAAAUAUAAUGUAUGAUCAUGAUCACCGACUAAUCCGAUAGUCAUGAUUAAUGAUUAAUGAGUAAGCAGUCACGAUUAUCUCUAAAAUGUUACCAGUUAUCGACUCAUGAUUGCGGAUUACAGAUGUAAUUUUUCAUCUGACAAUUGUGAGCGAUUGUUACAAAAGUAAUCGCAUAGCAGACAUGGACAACGUUAUAAAUAAUAAAAAAAAAAAAAAAAAACAAAAAAAAAGAACAUUUGAAAUGCAACGUGUUCGAUCAAACGAAUAACGGAUCGAAGGUUGUUCACCUUUUAAAUCGUUACUCGAAACUUUUAUCCACGCCGAGAGAUUUGGCCGUCUCUGUCGCAAAAUGAACGACUGAAAGGUAAAUCAUUGUUUAUCCGUUACUCGUUCGAUAAAAAGUUAAUGUUCGAGUUACAAAAUGAAAUAUUUCACGUUAAUGAAAUGGCAGUUUAAUCGAUUUAUUCGUUACUCGUUGAAUAAAAAUUAGACUUCGUGUUACGCAGCGAGAUAUUUCACAGUGAACAAAUAAAAAUUGAACUGUUCGAUCGAGUAAACAUUGUGAAUAAAUCGCUGUACGUUGUCUCUAUUCGUUAUCUGUUAUUCGAAUAAAAUUUUGCACGAUCUCUGCGCUGAUCCAACGACCAUUGGCUCUCCGAUGAACGCGCGAUGGGAUUCGUCCGGUGCACGCACAACGCAAUAUCCACCAAGUGUUCAAUCGGGUUCGGUGAGAAGAACGUGGGCGAGGAGGUAGGAACGAAAUGAAUUAUGAUACAGGCUAGCGUAAGUGAUAACCAGUAGAAAAAGGAUAAUAAGCGAGGGAUAACCCAACGUUUCGACCUCUGGUACUGAACAUCCGUCGGAAAAUUGUCUUCUACGUCGGCGCGAUUAUCCUUUUCCUAUCGGAGAACGAGUUGCUUCCCAAUAGUAGGAUUUAAUAAGGGGGGAUCAAUCGGUGAGGAGGGGAUGACGAGUGCACGCACUCGCGCGUAUCGGGACAAACAACACGGGGGAAAGAUGUUUAAACAAAGAUUUGGCUGUGUCAAUGUCUGUAACUGACUAAUUCGUUUGUAUCGCUUUCUUUUUUCUACUUAACUGUUUAAACUGUAUGCGAGCGAGAGAGCGAGAGAGCGAGCGAGAGAGAGAGAGAGAGAGAGAGAGAGAGAGAGAGAGAGAGAGAGAGAGAAUGCUAGAAAAAAGUCGAUAGAGGACGAAACUCAGCGCAACGGAAAGGAGCAGCGCACACCGGUUAACAGAGAUGGACAAAAUUCUUAUUUAACAAAAAUUCGACUAUCGAAUAAAAGAUAAAUCGUUGUACAGAGUUUCUAUUCGUUAUUUAUUAUACGGAAUUAAUUGCGCUCAUCUCUACCAGUUAGGAGGAAGAGGAGAGUCGUCGACAGCCGCCGUUCACGAACGACCGAGUGUCUCGAGAAGAAAACACGAACGUCCCCGUGUACCGCGAGGAGAAAACCGCACCACGCGCCGAGAGAAACACUUUUCCGAAACGUUCGACGUUUUCCUCGCUUUUUCUACCAUUUGUACACUCCGAAACUCAGCAGAAAUUUUCUCCUCGUGGUCGAGGCGGAAGAAUCGCUUCCUCAAAGGACCCACUUCCCUCUAAUCCUUGUUCCUGGAUCGACGGAUCCUCGCGUCCAAUCAUCUAUCCGCUUUUGUUUUCCCAUCGCCUUCGAUGUUUCUCCUCUGCAGCGAUAUCAGGCAAAACGCGAUUUAUCGAUGACGACCGAAGACGAAUCUCUUACUCGGUCGUAAUUAGCUCCAAAUAAUUACAAACGUAGUUUACCAUUACCGAUUACCAGGACAAAAUAAUCGGAAACCAGUAGGCGGCCAAGUCUUGGCCCGCGGGAGGACGAGAAAGACGUCAGUCGAACGGAUCGCAUUUUCAUACCGCGUAGGUGUCUUUUCAAAAUUUUGAUACUCGUAUUGUAUUGUAUACACUCUGUACACACCGUUCCGACAUUUAUAUACCGUUUACAAAUCACCAGUUUCGAGCUCGAAGAAAAUCGAGCGCCGAUUCGAACCAACUCUUUCGCGAUUACGACGUUUUCGUUAAAAAUCACGAUUCGACUAUCCGUAGACUGGAACAUUUUCGGAUCGCAAGCAAGACUCGUAUGAAUUGUAUUGGUUCGAGUCGCGCUACAACGGAGCACGAGAUUUCCUCUCGACUAUUAGAUUGUAAAUAAUAAACUAGCCGAAAUUUAACGUAGAAAAGUGUCUCGGAAUCUCAAGAACUCGCGUGCAUUCACAUUCCUGACGAUGCUCGUUUUCGAUCCGCGAGAGGACGCAAACGAUGGAUUCUCGAUGGACGCUCAGCGUUCGAGAGAGCUAAUCUUCGGUCGCGAGCCACCACUCGAGACCAUUUCGAUGUCUACACACGCUUUUUGCACUAAAAUACAAUAAGACUGAGGUUUUUUUAUACGCGUUGACGGGAUCGAACGACGUCACCGCGAUUAUCUAUUCGCGAGCACCGUCGUUGGCAGGACUCGAGGUGGACGUAACACAGCCAAACUCUCUCCUAACGAUACUUUACGCGUUUUUCUAGCUCUGGCUUCUUCUUCGCGAGCGCGAGUCGAUCGAUUAACGAGAGACGGAUAUCUCACUUUUGGGGAUCGCUUUCGGGAAUUUGAUGGAUUGAUCGUCGGACUUUUGGAUUAGGAGACCGCGGACGUUUUAGAUAUUUCGAAAGGGGAACGCGAUCGUUGGUCUUUGGAAGGUCAGUGGUCCUCGGUUCGCUGAACUGGCGUCUCCCGAGGAACAAAAAUUGGAUGAUGAGACGUAAUAACACGCGAUCGUUUCACUGGUUGACAGGCGCGAAGAGCUCGAUUAUGCUCGACCGCUGGAAGUUGGGAAAGGGGAGGACUCGGUUCGUUCGUCCGACCGAAUCGGCUCCGCUCCUUUCGCGUUUCGGGCCUCGGAGAAGAACAAAACGCAAACGAAGAGACCAGUGGGAAAAUUAGGGUGACAAGACGUAAUAACACGUGACUGUUUCGCUUUACAAAAAUAGUGCCUUUUUUUACAAAGACUCUGUUGUUUGUGCCAAGUCGAAUUCAACGGAUGCGAAUGCGUACACUCGCGCGUACACACAGACACACACAUACACACGCACACCUACACACGUAGACGUAUAUUUACAGGGCGAAGAAAGGUGAGCGACGUAUGGGCAGAGGGAAUAGAUUUAAAGAGGACGCGAACGAGUCGAAAGUAGAGUGUAUAAGAGAAUCUCGAUUGGCGGGAAAAAAAGAAACGCACGCACAAGUACACGAACACACGCAAACACACGCGGCCACGAUAUACCGAGAAAGAGAACGUUGAGAGAGAACGAGCACGAGGAGAGCACGAGCGAAUGGCAAGGAAAGAGAAAUAGUGCGCACCGAGAGCGAGACAGGUACGUUUUCUCGCGAGAUGGUAGAAAAUAUGUAACGCGGGACUAACGAAACAAGAAGAAAAAAAAUAUGAAACAAACAAAAAAAAAAAUGCCAAAAAGUGUUCCACUAAUCAAUUGCCGCCGUGGAUCCCCAAUUAGUACCUACCGUAAAUCGAAUGAAAUUACGAAUAAUUAAUCGAAUUUGCAGAAUCGUGCUAAAGAAGAUGAGAUGAAAGAAAAAAGAGGUUAAUAUAUAUGACUCUAAUUAUGGUUAUAUAUUACGUAUAGGUAUGUAUGUGUAUAUGUAUAUGUAUAUAUACGUGUGUAUAUACAUAUAUGUGUAUAUAUAUACAUAUAUAAUAUGUGCGCGAGCGUGGGCGUACAUGUACGAGUAUACACGGUCGCAUACGAGCGCAAGGAGCACACCGACAACGCGGCACGAUUUCUUUUCAUUUUUUCUUCGCACGCGUCGAAUCGUAAUUAAUUAAUUACGUACCGAACCGAAUCGACACCGAAUCAUCAGUUUCUUUUCUUUUUCCCGUCAACGGAUAAUGUCUCGCGAAAACAAAAAGGAAACCUUCAGACUGUGUACGACUAACAACUAUUGUAUAUACGAAUCGUAUAAAAUAUACAUACGUAUACAUAUAUACAUAUAUAAAUAUAUAUUAUAUUAAAACGGAUAAUAAGACACUUAGAGCUAACAGAAUUGCCCCCUCCCCCUCCCCAUUAUUACGCGAGAUGAUAUUAGUUAUCCGAUAGUAUUAUUACCUGUUGUCCCGGUAGCGUAAUAAUUACCUACUAUUCCCCAACACCCGACGCCCACACCUUAGGAGGAAAAUUGAAGAGGGAAAAAAGGAAUAGAAGAAGAAAUCGUUAUCUACCGUUAUCAUACUUUGAGUUUACCGAUAAAUCGUUGAAUAAUGAAUAUUGGUAUAACGAUAAGGAUUAUUAUUAUUAUUAUUAUUAUUAUUAUUAUUAUUAUUAUUAUUAUUAUUAAUAUUACAUUAUAUUAUAUUACAUUAUAUUGUACCGUCAUCGAUAUUAUUAUCGUCAGCGUCGUCAUUGUCAUCGUCGUAGUCGUCAUUGUCGACCUUCAUCGUUCAUCGUCGCGAAAUUAUCCUCACCGUUCCGAACCUACACUAUCAUAUUUCCGAUCUAUCCCAACCGUUUCUUUCUUUAUCCUGUUCCCUAGAGGCUGCGCGUGCACAGCCGUUUGCCUUCCGGUUGCAUCGUCGCGUCGAGCUUCUACCUUCGUCGCUGUUUCUUCGCGAGAUCGAUCACGAUCGACAGACGAUUCGCGAUCGCUCGGCAUCCCUCGCGACGAGACGGAAGAUAUCGGCAAUUCGAGUUUAGUUUCUCGAGUGAAAACCCUCGUCUUGUAUUUCCUCUGGUGGAGGUCCGAGCUGGAGCAACCGAGUAGCUGUAGAGCGCGACAAGGGUAGCUUCUCGACUCUCGACAACCUCUGAGUAUAGCGACCGAUAUCUUCCGUCUCGACCGCAAUCUCCAUUGGUCGCAGAGCUAUCGUCUCGUCGCACGAUGCUUCCCAGGUUGAACGGCAAUUGUAAGGCAACGGUUGGGAGAAGCUGACAUUGUUUUCGUGUCGAGGGACAUCGCCGAGGGGUCGUCGAUGCGUUGCACGCCUGGAGAACGUACGUCGGUCCCUUCCGCGCGUUUUUUCAUUUUUCUAGAGGCAUUGUACGAACCGUGAAUGUAUGUAGGAAGGCACCGGUGUACGAGAGUUUCCGGAAAGGAAAGACGGGACACGUUGAUCCGGGUGUCCCAUCUUUUCUCGGAAAAGGGUCUUCGGCGCGGGUGACGCGUCAGAGUUCUUUCGCGGGACGGUUCCUCCGUCGAAGAGUUGUUAAUCGAAUUAGACUGAUCAGGGAUAAAAUUCGGAGAGACUCCCGCGAGAGUCUCUGGAGAUCUUAUGGAAGAGUCCCGAGGAUACCGUGGAAUUCCGUGAGGAUCUUGAGUGCCGAACGGAGGAACAAUGGAUCUCGAUCGACGAUCGUUGUCGAUUCGCGCGAGAAGAACAGCGGGCUCCUGUUAUCGAUGUUAUCGUCCCUCCGUUGUCCCUCGAUUUCCGUCGCUCUGGGACGUGCGUAUGUAUGCUCGGUGAGAGCAGCGAGUUCGAAUCGAAUCGAACGAUCGACGUUGAUCCCGUCGUGAAAUCUCGUUUUUUGUUUUAUCAUCGACGAAUACCCGAGCGACGAUUAACUCGCAAUUACUCAUAAUCGAGCGCCGAGGAGUUCGUUGGAUAUUGUUUUUGCAUAUCGCAGGAAAUACUGCCGGAGACAUUAAUCGUUGCGCAAAACCUCGUGGCGGAUACUGUCUGCGAAUACGAUUUUAUCAUGUAAUCUGUCGACGAAACACUUUGUUCGCAGUUUAUAGACGCCUUAGACUUACAGUCUCUCGGUUUAUUUAAUUUGUAAAUAAAUCACGAUUUACUCAA